AUGGAGGCAAAUGGGAGCCAAGGCAGCUCCGGCAGUGCCCACAACUCCCAGCACGACCCCGGUGACAUGUUUAUCGAUUGACUGAGCUGGCAGACGUCACCAGAUAGCCUUAGAGACUAUUUUAGCAAAUUUGGAGAAAUUAGAGAACGUAUGGUCAUGAGAGAUCCCACUAGGAAAUGCUCCAGAGUCUUCGGUUUCGUCACGUUCGCAGACCCAGCAAGUGUAGAUGAAGUAUUAAGUCAGCCCCACCAUGAGUUCGAUUCCAAGAUGAUUGACCCCAAAGUUGCAUUUCCUCGUGGGGCACAACCCAAGAUGGUCACAAGAACAAAGAAGAUAUUCGUAGGCAGAUUAUCUGCGAACAUGGUGGUGGAGGAUGUAAAACAGUACUUUGAGCAGUUUGGCAAGAUGGAGGAUGCAAUGCUGAUGUUUGAUAAGAUGACCAAAAGGCUCAGAGGGUUUGGCUUUGUUACGUUUGAGAAUGAAGAUGUAGAAAAAGUCUGUGGGAUUCAUUUCCAUGAAAUCAAUAAUAAAAUGGUGGAAUGUAAGAAAGCUCAGCCUAGGGAAGUUAUGUUCCCACUGGGGACAAGAGGCCAGGCCCGGGGACUGCCUUACACCAUGGACGCAUUCAUGCUUGGCAUGGGAAUGCUAGGCUACCCCAACUUUGUGACUAUCUAUGGCCGUGGCUACCCUGUAUUUGCUCCUAGCUAUGACUAUCAGUUCCCAGACUAUUUGCCGAUUUCACAAGAUUCACAUAAAUUUCACAUAAUUUUUAUCAACUAG